AUUUUACAUUACAAACCAUGAGUAUGAAUAUCAAAACAAAAUAUUCACUUGAAAGUGUUAAGUUACUUUUGGGCCACCCUGUAUAUGUCAGAGCAGGUUAAAGUAAGACUCCUAUUAUCUUCUUAUCUUGGGCAGGAGAGAGCUUCACUUCCUUGUCACUGAAGGUAGACCAGUCUUCAUAAAGAGAUCACUCAUCCAUAGGACCAUUGUUGUUCAGGUCUCAUCAUUCCUACAUUAUUAGUGGCUGGUCAGUGGGCCCAUAUUAAAUAGCAAAGCAUGAAAAAAUCCAAGAGGGGAAGAAAUAGUAUUAUGGGGGAGCACUCCCGCCAGACCCAAGCCAUGAUUGGUCCAGAUUACCAAGCUGAAAUACCUAUUGGCUCCAGCUCCUAUGAAGAGGUGCCGUCAUAUGAAAAUGAAGAUGCCCUGAUGUGGGAUCCAUCCGCAUUGGCUGAGAGGGAUGUUGAGGAUUACCUGCAACAAGUUGCUUCCUCAUCUCUCACCAGCCCAACCCCUGACAUAGUUUCAUAUCCUGUCCCUGACAAUGAAGAAGCCCUGUACCAGCUACUGAAAUGUGGUCAUAACACUGAAGAGGCCUUGAGAAGACGGAGGAUAAAUCCUUAUCCUCGAGCAAGUCCAUUGAGCUUAUGGGCAAAGGAAGAAUGUGAGGCUUUUGAGUGUGGACUUAGGAUGUUUGGCAAGAAAUUCUAUCUUAUUCAGCAAUACAAGGUUCGAACACGAAGCAUUGGUGAGUUGAUCAACUUCUACUACCUAUGGAAGACGUGACAUUUUUCCAAGCAAAAAAAAAAGGUUUUCGAGAAAAACAUUACACGUCUGCCUAUUUGGCAGGAAAGAAACACUUUUCCCAGAUGAGCAGCAGUAAAACAAC